AUGGCGGAAGCAGCAACAUCUGAUGCGGCAAAUAUAGGCAGCAGCAGCAGUCAAUCUGUCAAAGAUAUUGCAGCCUACCUUGAAAACACGAUACCAAAAGAAGCGUGGAACAAGGAUGAACGGCCUUGUAGUAAAACAAAAUUCAAAACAUUGGCGACCAAUGUCCAAAAGAUCUGGGACAAACCUUUUUCACCUCUUCUCUUGCAAGGUAACUUGCAAGGCCUUUUCAUGUCACCAAUCAAAGAGGACCAACUGGAAGUCGCCGUCGACGACUUGAUGAAGUUUUUGGAACAAGGCGGCAAGAAGCCUGGUACAAAUGUGUAUCAACAGGAGCGGCAAUUUGUUGGCAUAUCUCACAAAGUGAUUGAUACAGCGUUGACACACGAUUUUGAUAUUCUGUUUUAUAUUUCUGAUCUGACAUUUUACAAGAAAGGCAAUGAAGGCGAGUCCUAUGGACCCUAUAUUUGCUUUGUGCAAUUGAGUGGAAUGGGGAAGACAAAGAUUUUCUACAAAAUGUGCAAGCAUUACAAGAUGAAUGAAAAAGGGAAAUCUAAGAGUGGUAAAGGGGAAUCUAAGAGCGGUAUCAAUAUUGUGGGUCGGCUCAUUCUCUGCCACAACCCACAUUCUUUGAAAGCAGAAACGGGACCCCUCAAUUGCAUCAGCAGGUCAUUCUAA